CUCCUCCGCGCCAGAAUCGCAACCCAUACAGUCGCCCGCCGUGGCUUUUCUACAACCCGACCCCGGCGUGACCUUUUCAGUCCGCAUCAUUAUCCCGAGGGCCCCAGGUCGAAUUUGCCUUUCAAUCCCAAGACGCGUUUCUUCUGGUUGAGAUAUUGGGUCUUUAUGAGU